AUGGCCGACCAUGACAAGACGCACAAAGCGCUGGAGAAAUGGGUCUGCCCCAAGAAGCACGUCGUGGCCGCCCAUUACUUCUGGACGCUUGGCUCCAAGACGCAGAAAUCCCAAAAGGGGCUCCUCCAGACGUUUCUCUACGACGUCUUCCGCAUAAGCCCCGAGCUGAAGGGCGAUGAGUGCACCCUGCACGAGCUUCUCGACGCUCUUCGACGCAUUGCCGAGCACCGUGCCUUUGGCGUCGGGCACUGCAUCUUCAUCGACGGCAUCGACGACUUCGACGGCGACCACUUUGAGCUCCGCCAUCUCCUCCAGACCCUCUCGAGAUCGGCCAACCUCAAGUUUUGUCUGUCGAGCCGGCCCUUGAAUGUCUUCGAGGAUGCCUUUGGCGCCGACCCGGCCUCCAAGCUCUACUACAUCCAUGACCUGACGCGCCAGGAUAUCCUGCCGUUUUGGAGCCGCGGCGUCGAAUACGCAAACGACGCCAUCGCCGAGGCCAAGGAGCUUGCCUUUGCACACCUCGACGCCGUCGAGCAGCUCUACCUCGACAUGCCGAGCUCCCGCGACUCUCGUCCCGUCAUGCUUCCCCUCGCCCACGUCCUCGGCGCCAUCAUGGCCUACGAAUCAAAGGUCGAGCUGCAACUCGACGGCAUCAAGGGCGCCCUGCAGGUCCAGCUCAAAAAGCUCACCAAGCAAAUUCUGGAGCCACGGAGGCUCCGGCUUGUCUCGCGGAUGGUACAAAAGAUUGCAAAAACGGCCAUCGACGAGGGGCUGGAAAUGGAUUUCACCAUCCCCAGCAUCAAGGCGCUAUUUCCCGGCCGUAGCGCGUCUGCCUUGGUGACUUUGGUUUGGAACAAGCGGAUUCGCGAUACUAUUCGGCCAAGCGUCCUAUGA